GGUUUAUAUAUAACAAAAUCUGUAACAAAAUAUUGCUUCUAGAACAUUCUGGCCACUACGAAUUCGCUAACUACUUUACUACUAGAGCAUUCUGGCAACUACGAAUUCGCUGUCUAGUUGCUUCUGGCAAUUUAUCGUCGAUUCGAUUUUGUUCUAUCAUCCGUGUUCGUCACAAUAUUAUUCAAUUAUUUGUUAUAUUUCUUAUGAAAACAGUUUAUUUACCACUGUAUUAGUUGUGUACUGUGCUUUGUAUUUCAUUUCCUCCCGUUUCUUUAUAAUUUCCUGAAGCCCGCGUUUUAAAAUUUCUAUUUCGAUGGUGCAUAGUAAUUUUUACUAUUAAGUAAUUAAUAAAUUAAUCCUAAAAAAAAUCAGCACAGAAAACAAGAAUGUAGCGCACCUAGUCGUAUACGUAAUUAAAAACAAAAGUAAAGAGGUUUUUAAUGGCUUUUAUUCGUCUAAAGUACACAGGUAUGCAUAUUCAAUAACAAUAUAGUGAGAACAGUUGUUAACACCCGAAGCGAAUAAUACAAAUUUAAUAUUAGUAUAUUUACAUACAUCAAAGAGGAUAACUUUCACAUGCAUACAUAUGUAUGUGGCCUUUACAAUAUGUAGUUGCCGUAACAAUAACAAGGCAAAAGGAAUAGAAAAUAUUUGUACUAGCAUUUGUGAUAACCUCCUUUGUGUUUUGUUCUUUAUUUAAGCCCUCCGUCACCAGCGCUGACUUUUACUAGGGUUCCAUGGCUCAAAGCCAUGCCAUGUUUAAUAUUAGCGCUAAUUGGGUUCGGUACGAUUUAAAUAGGUAGAACGCACAUGUCCUUUUCCUCUCAAGAAGCUGCUCAUCUGUCAAAACCGCCGAUAUCGGACCACUAUAACUGCCAUACAAACUGUCCGAUCAAAAUGAAGUCCUUGUAUGAAAAAUGUUUUUAUUUGAAAAAUUAUCUUUAGGAAGUUUGGAAUAUAUUAGUUUAGAUUAUUAUGGUAACUGAUCAAAAUCUACACUAGAUACAAAUCUUUUUAUACCCUUUUAUGCAGUAAGAAAUUAAACUGUGAGAGUUAUUAAAAUGCUGCCGAAGAUUGUUUUGUAUUUCAUUAAUAAAACCGCCACGCCUUCAUGUCAAGAAACUAAGCUGAAAAUAUACAUAUAUCUCUAAACGAUAUAGAUUGUUUAAAUGUGUUUGAACAUAAACUUUGUUAAAAAUAAAUAAUUAAUAACUGAAAGAGGAAAAGGUUUCAUUAGGUUUCUUUGAAAGUAAAAUAAGAAUAUAAAAAACAAAAACAAACUAAAUAAAAAUAUAUUACUUUAAAUUUGCCGAUAAUUACGGAAAUUUUCGCAGGUUGUUGGUUUGUGUGUAUAUUUUUACGAUUUCAUUUUCGGACAUUGUGUCCGCGAAUUAUUAUUUUCGCGUAUUUAUUUUGUUUUGCAUAUACGCGUUCGCUGUUGACAACAAAAAUAAAGCUGAUUUAAAUAAUAACAAACAAAAACAGAAUAACUGUUGCUGCUGUUUAUAUAGCAAGUGUUUUUGCUGCCGCCAACCCCAAACUCACAGCAAAUGACCACUCUUUUCUGUGCGGAACAACUACAAACAAUAACAGAGGCAAAAACAGAAAGAAGCAGCAACGGCAGCGGCAAUGCUCAUCGCGACGCAACCGCAUGUUUUUGCUGGCUGUUGUGGUCUGGCGCACUGACUUUUGGCGGCGAACUCCAACGAAUUCAUUCACAUUUGUGCUUCUGAGCGGAGUGGACGAAGGCGCGCAAGCGACGAAAUAAAACAACAAUACACUCAUGCUUCACACUUCUUAAAACAUUUAUACUUUAAUGCAACAUUUGGAAAGCGCAACACGUUCCACCGAAAAGGUAAAUUGAGCGAUAACAAAAAAUUGAGUAAAGCGAAAAAAAUUAAAUGCGGCGUUAGAAAAAUAACAUUCCAAUCAUAUUUCAACAACCACAAUAACAACGUUAUUGCGCAAAAUACAUAAAUUAAGUGUAGACGAGACAUCGUAGCCGCAAAGAUGGAGCACACCGCCUGUCUGAAGCCAUCGAAAGAUGUCGAAUUUCAAGAUGUUUACUACACCGUUAAGGAGCGCAAGCACUACAUUAAAGUCACUGGAACUCGUCAAAUAUUGCGCGGUGUCAGCGGCAGCUUCCGCAAUGGUCAACUGUCGGCAAUUAUGGGUCCUUCCGGUGCGGGCAAGAGUAGUUUACUCAAUGCUUUAUCUGGUCUGCGAACAUCAGACGUCAAGGGCCACAUAAAAAUCGAGCGCAAAGGCUCCUGCUACAUUACACAAGAGGACAACCAUCAAACACUACUCACCGUCGAAGAGCUAAUGACACUCAGCUGCAAUCUCAAAUUGCCGCAUUGCAACCGCAAAGCAGAAAUAAUUACAGAGAUACUUGAAAAUCUCCACCUGAACCAUCGGCGUAAUGUCUACGCGGAAAAACUGAGCGGCGGCGAACGCAAACGGCUCUCGAUCGCGCUCGAAUUGGUGGCGAACCCAAACAUAUUCUUUCUCGAUGAACCGACCAGCGGUCUGGAUGAGGUGACAGCGGCACAAUGCAUACGUCUACUAAGUCAAUUGGCGAAAGAGGGACGCACCAUCGUCUGUACAAUACACCAGCCAUCGGCGACGAUUUUCAAUUAUUUCGAUAGUAUUUUUGUGCUGGCGAGCGGGCAAUGCGUCUACCAGGGUCAGCCGGGUGCGGUGAUACCGUUUUUACGCCACGUGCAUAUUGAAUGCCCCAAAUAUUACAGUCCAUCGGAUUACAUUAUUGAGUUGUGCGAUGCGGAUGAGGGCAAACUCAUACCUGUACUCAGCGAGCUAACCGACAAUGGCAAGCUGAUAUAUGCGCCACAACAACUCAAUGGUUUAAGUAAUACAACAACAUUGACAGUUUUUCAACAGCAUUCGAAAGAUUUCCAGCAAUCGGUGCGCACUUUCUUCGUUGAAGAACCGAAGCGUAGUCGCUGGCAACACUUUCUCUCGGCAGGCACGAAUUUCUCCACAGAUGGCACGCUUAUUGGCGGUGUAACGGCAUUUUACGAGCAUUUGAAGACCUUUACGAAGUUGCUGGACACCGAACAGGAGGACACUUCGAGCCUCCAUCAGUUUUGUGUGCUCUUCAAAAUGAUGCUGGUGCGAAUAAUGCGCGCACGUGUCGCCUUACUCAUACAGUUUUUGCAUCACGUGCUGACAGCGCUAUGCUUCGGACUGAUUUUUCUGAAUCUCGGCAAUCAGGGUUCACGCAUGUUUGAUCAUUUGAAAUUCUGCAUUGGUAUAAUUAUAAUUAUUGCAUAUACACAAGUAAUGGUGCCGAUACUGAGCUAUCCGAUGGAAAUAAAAAUUGUUCGAAAGGAAACCUUCAAUCGUUGGUAUAAAUUAACACCUUAUUAUAUGGCUUUGAACUUCUCACGCUUGCCGCUACAGAUCAUUUUGAAUAUGAUAAUGCUAACGAUUAUUUAUUGGAUGAGUGGUUUGCCAACACAAUUGUGGCGUUUUGGUCUAUUUGCCAGUAUUGGUUUGAUGACUUCAUUGAUUGCAGAAGGCAUGGGCUUGGCAAUUGGCAUGACAUUUAGUAUAACGAACGGCAGUGCUGUUGGUCCCUUAACAAUUGCUCCGCUGAUGGGUUUGGCUGUGUAUGGUUUCGAUUUCGCUGCACAGAUUCCGUACGCUAUGAAUCUACUCAUGAAAUUUAGUUACAUACGCGUUGCCGUGGUGGCGCUAAUACUCACCGUUUUCGGCUUUGAACGUCCAGAAUUGGAGUGCGACGAAAUGUAUUGCCAUUUUGGUGACCCCAGGGUAUUACUGAAGUUUUUAGACAUUGAACAACUAUCGAUGUGGUAUCUCUUCUCUCUACUCACAAUGCUUAUGCUCUUCUAUAGAGUACUUAUGUAUUUGAGUUUGCGCAGACGUUGUGGCACAUAAGUGAUGGUAUUAUCUCUAAUUUUUAAGUGUACCUAUACAUACUUGUAUUUCUAGUGUUAGGCGGUAAUGUUAGGGUUAGUUGAAAAUUUGUGGUUUGGAUUUUAAGUCAAUGUAUGUAAGUUGCUGCUUGAAAAAACGGUACGUUAGUGUAUAUAAAAUUACUAGUACGCAAUUUUAUUCUGUGAUAAAUAUUUAGUAAAUUUAAGAUAGUUUUUGUAAGGAGAAAAUUGAAACUAAAUAUGUUAUUAAAAUGUUUACUAUGUGGUUAUUUGAGUAAACUGUAAAAUUUAAUGUUUUUUACGAACAAAAAACAUAUUUAUUGUUAUAAAAUACUUAAACAUAUUCCAUUUGUAUAUACAGAAAAUAUUUUUUCAAUAAAAAAAUAUAUAUAUUUUAUGCAAAACAAAAUAAUUUUGAAAAAGUGUUUAUAUUUUAGUUUUUUAUACCAAAUGUUUAAGGAAAAAA